ACUGCUCCAUGGCUGUCACGGCAUUCACACUCCGGCACCACUCCCCGCUACACCUCCGCAGCCAUGAAGCUGGUUAUCCUGCUAUGCCUGGUGGCUACGGCUACUGCCGGCUACCUCCGCGGGCUCGGCUACAGCGGCUAUAACGGCCUCGGCUACGGCGGCUUCAACGGCCUCGGCUUGGGCAACUUCGGUUUCGGCGGCUACGGAGGCUUCGGCGGCUUCGGCAACUACGGUUUCGGCGGCUACGGAGGCUUCGGCGGCUACGGAGGCUUCGGCGGCUACGGAGGCUUCGGCGGCUUCAACGGCCUCGGCCUCGGCAACUACGGUUUCGGCGGCUACGGCCGCUUCGGAUACGGCUAUCCCGGCUUCAGUUACGGCUACGGCCGCCGCUUCGGCUACGGCUAUCCCGGCUACGGCUACGGCUACGGCUACGGCCGUAAAUACGGCUACGGAUACGGACACAAAUACAUAUACUGACUCUAAUACCGAUGAUUUGUAAAAUAUAUUUGCGAUGACGCGUUACCGAUGACGACGGUUUUCCUGUGCUGCUUAAGUGCUCAUCCACACUGUCUUCGCACCAGGCGGGCAAGUCUGCUUGUGCAUAUUGAUGCAAUGCUUAAAUUGUUUUGCAUGGCUGUUGGGUUGUGGAAUUCCCUGCUGACCUGAAAUAGAUCAGAAU